CAAGAGGGUUAGUAUGUGUUAUUCUUAUAACCCAUUACCCCGUUGCUCUUACUUUCCCUCAUGACGGCUCGGGCGGAUAUUCCACCAGAUCUUACCGACGACGAGAAAGCUUCCUUGUUUCAAUAUCUCGACGCUAGUCUGAACUCCGAAAUUCUCUACGCGCUAUUGUAUGGCAUAUACACCGGCAUUCUUGCUGUUACAUUGUGGCAUAUAUUCAUCAACAAACGCUGGCGGAAUCGACGAGCCUUGGUCGUCGUCAUUAUUCUCCUUUAUACUCUGAUCAGUAUCAAUUUUGCUGUCAAUUGGCCAUUUGUAUGCUCCGCAUUCAUCCAAAACGGGCAAAGCUUUUGGACCGUAUACUCGAAGCUUAUUGCUGUGGACCAAGCAGCUUAUUUGGAGAUGGAUUUGGUGCUGCUGGAUGGUUUGGGAACGGCGCUGGCUUAUUGUUCUGCUUCCAAUCCUUUCCCUAAUUUCCGCAACUGUGACCCUGGAUUUACUUACCUUGAUGCAAUCGCUGGCGUUGCGAGGGGUGUUGCACCCACGCUUCUUGUUGGCAGAGCAGCGGCAGGUCACACGCAACCAACCGAAGAACAUGAUGAAAGUUCGCCGGUGUCUACCAUUCGUUUCCAGACGUCUUCUCAGUCUUCUCAACCCUCGCAACCUUUCACUUCAAGCUUUCAGGGAUCCACUAUGCAGAGCGCAGUCCUUGAUAUGGACAUUGAAGCCCAGACGGAGCGGCCGGAUGAGCUUGUUGUAUCCGUUAUGAACAACUAAGCGUCAAGGUUCAGAGACUUAUGGAUCGGCUAUUUUUUGUCGUAAGAUCCUUUUUGAUUAUCUUGCUUUGCCCCAUCUAUUUUAU